AUGCCAGAACAGAAUGACAAUAGCUCAGAGGAUGACGAACUCACAUUAGCAAAGCUAAGGCCAAAGGAAUUUGUUAUUACUGGCGGCAUCAAGCCGCAGCUGAGUAUCGUCCACAUAUCGCCCAGCGAGGAGAAUGAGUUCCCACAUGAAUACAGCCACCAGCUGCCCGGCCUUGGAAUACAUAAUGUGGCGCUUAGUCCGGACAGCAGCUGCAUAGCUGCCGUGUCUAUGGAUGGCAAUCUGAUGCUUCUUAGCAUUAAGGGGGGCGUGCGUUUGCCCAGGGUUAGUCACAGUCAAGUCAGUAACAUUUGGUCAACAGCUUUUGGUCGGACCAACGAUUGCGUCUAUGCGGGCUCCGGCAGUGGACACAUUUAUAAGUACGAUACGUCCGUCGGGAAUCUGCAGCAUAAUUAUGACACACAUCGCUGCGAAAACGUGUUGGGCCUGGCCAUUAGCGGGGAUCAGCGUUUAGUUGGCGCCACCGAUUACGCAGGGAACUUCACAUUGCUCGAUGGCGCCACCGGGCAGAUUUUACGUCGCAGGAACUAUAAGAAGCCCAUGCGAAGGCUGGUGUAUGAUCCCUGCAUGCGUCAUGCGUUGGCUGCCUGCGAUGACAAGACCAUCAAACUCAUAGAUUUACCCAGCGGAAGAUUGCGUGAAAGCCUAGCCGGUCACGACGCCUUCGUUAUGUCCGUAGCUGUGUCGCCAGACGGUUUGCGGUUUGUCAGCGGCGCCUCCGAUGGUUCUAUCAAGGUGUGGGACGUCCGAACAACAAAGAGCUCGCUGUCCUUUGUGUGUACCACCAAUUCGAACCUGUGGGACGUGGCUUUCAAUAAGCUGAGCAACAAGAUCAGCUUUGUCGGCGACGGCAAGGGCCUUAACAUAUACUACUGCCUAGGUAAUAGGGAAAUGAUGCUAGUUUAG